AUGGGAGAAUGGACCGCUGAUGGUAGUGGUGGGGUAGAAAGACGAGUAGACCUUGCAUUGCUAUCGUGCCUGUACUUCGAGAUCAAUUGGGGCCUUAUAUGCCCCACUUUCGGUGACGUAACAGCAAAAGUGGAAAAUAUGUUCAACAAAGAAAUAAAGUUACUAAUUUACUAUCCCGAUUUGAUGUGGGCCGUUGGUUUGAUAACAGAAGACGGAGAGAUAUAUUACAAGAUUGGCUACACCCCGUUAUCUUUGGAGGGUAUGUAUCAAAUUAAUAUCAAAGAUGAAUAUCAAACGAUUACCAGCAUGAGUUGCGGAGAAAACUUUUUUGUGGUGGUAACAAAUAUUGGUAAAAUAUACACUUGGGGAGAUAAUGUGCAUAUUCAGCUGGGUGUUCCUUCAACAUAUUUAUUCUCAAGAAUUCCAUUGGAAGUAACCGAACUUUCAGGCAAAUCAAUUGUCAAAGUGACCUGUGGAAAGGCACACAUACUUGCUUUGACUAAUAUAGGAAAAGUGUAUGCGUGGGGUUCAAACGGAUAUUGGCAAUCAGAACCUAAUAGAAGAGAUCUGAAACUUACUCCAAUAGAGGUGAAUAUACCUAACAUGAAGAAAGCAUCAGAUAUCGCCACCAUAGUAAAUUGUAGCAUUGCCAAGUCCAGUGAAAAUGGAUUUAUUUAUUUGUGGGGUGAUCUUGGUCUAACAAUGAAGAAAUAUGUUGUCUGUGAAUAUACGAACAUAUUUGACAUAUCCAACGCGAAAAAUGCCCAAUCACCAAUGUCCAUGGCUCAUGACUUUACAAAUGAGGAAUGUAACAUAUUAAAUGAUUUGGAAGCUGUAUUCAACGAUCGGUCAACGAGUGACCUUACGAUAAAAAACAGAAACAGAUCCAUGAUUUACGUCCACAAGUCUAUCUUGAAGAUUCGUUGUUCGUAUUUCAGAACAUUGCUCGGCUACAUUGAAAGUACAGAAAGCAUCAUCAAUCGUGACAUUUAUGUAUAUGCAGUGUAUGAAACCUUUUUUAAAUAUUUAUAUACUGGCAAAUUCGAUCUAGCAUCUGUACAUGACUUGUUAGAUCUCUUAGUACUGGCUGAUGAUGUCGGGGAGAAAAAUCUCGAGAUGGAUUGUUUUCCAGUAAUAAGGAAAGCAAUUACCGUAUCAAACGUUAUAGACCUUUUCAACCUUGUUAACAAAGUGUAUGAAAAAAUGUUGCCAGAUAAACAUAAAGAGGAAUUGACGAAUUAUUGUUAUAACUUCUAUUUGAAAAAUGUGACGGAAGUGACCCAGACUGAAGAUUUUCAAAACUUGGAUAAUGAAAGUCGAAUUAAGUUCUUAACUAGACGGAACGAGUUCUUUGAAAAUUGA